AUGGCCGCCUCUGUAAAACAAUAUUCGGCAUACAACGAGCACACGGCGGAGUACAACAACAGGAGCAUGGGUUUCUCGGUAGUGGCGCCUGAGGUAGCAGUCCCUGGGAAAACGACUGCCGUCCUUGUUACUCUCCACGGGAGAGCUGGAGAGGAACCUCUGGAUCCACUGAAUGUCACCGUCAGAUUGGAAACACAGGAUGCUGAUAAUGAUGUCAAACUGCUGACUACUGCUAGCCAGAUGAUUACAGUGCUUACUUUUUCUGGACCAAUGAAGUUAAUAGUUUUUACCACAUUGGUCCAGAAAAAGUAAGCACUUUUAGACUCUUACCUAGUUUCACAAAACUCCAUUAAGGUUUAAUGGAAAUUGAUUUAUGACGUUUUAAACUAAUGACAAUGUAAUGGACAUUUGUGCAAGUUUAUCUAAAACUUCUUUUAUAACGGCAAUUUAAUUACGAGUAAGAUUAAUAAUUUAGUCUGCCUCCUUAACGCCAAAGGAGCUUGA